AUGGCUUCUUCUUCCUCCGAGCUCCUGCGCCCUUGGACUUGUGGGCGGCGACGGUUUGCCGGAUUUUCUAGCUAUUCGAGUUCUGGAAAAUGGAGUCGCGGAUGUAAUUUGUCUUUUCGGAGAGGCAUGAGCACGGCGGCGCUGACGUCGCCCGAAAAAAUCAAUCAAUCGUCUCCUUUGCUGAUGCUGCAACCCGUAUAUGAAGCCGGCGCUGCCUGCACGGCCGCCACCACGAUGACUUACAAGUUCUACAGCCUGGCGGAGAACAGGGUCGUGACCAUGAAGGUCCCACAAAUGCACGGCGACCUGAAUUUCCGGGGUUCCUCCGGUGGUGGGUGGGUAUCCCUUGUGCAGCCAGAAACCCACGAUCUGUUACUGUAUAACCCCAUAUCCCGCCGCCGCAUAAAGCUCCCACCUUCCUACGGCUCAUCAGUUGAUCUAAACAGAGCACCCAUUCUCCACAAGUCCUUCCUUUCUUGCUCUCCAGACACUGAAAAUUGUGUGGCCGUGAGCCUUACCUACUGUGGAGAUUCAAUGGCUGUGUGCUGCCCUUUGUCCAGUGACAGUUGGAAAUGGUUCGGCACAAAUUCAAAAGACAACUAUUAUUUAGAUUGCGUCUACUGCACAACCCAACACACACUCUUUGCCCUGACCGACAAUUUCCAAUUGGAGGCUUGGGACCUGACGGCUGCAUCCCCGAAAUUGAUACGAAUUAUGGGUGAGUUUAGUAGUAUCCUCCGCGAAAAAGAGAAGAAGAAUAAGAAUACGAAUAAGAAGUUGUUACAGUCGAGAGAUGACUUGACAUGUUGGCAUCAGUACCACCUGGUGAUUGCCGGAGAGGAUCUCCUGGUGGUGACUCAGUACAUCAUGCUAUCUGUUGACUCGGAUGGUUUGUAUGUUGACUUCGAGACAGAAGAAUCAGCUUUUGGGCUCCCGGCCAGGACUAUUGAUUUCAAUGUUCAUAGAUAUGAUCGGGAGGAUGGGGAUCUCAAGUAUGUGGAAGGUUCGAAUUUGGGUGGUUGGGCUCUUUUCGUUGGUAACUACAACCACUCUGUUGCCUUGCGUGCAAGUGACUUCCCAGAGCUCAAGCCCAACUCCAUUUACUUUACGGAUCCUUUAGAAUGGUGGUGUCGGAGUCGAGGUAACCAUGACAUGGGCAUUUUCAGUUAUGAAGAUAAGACUGUGUCACCGUGCUAUUAUCCAUGUGAUCCUGCUAACCUAAAACCGAUGUUCCCAACGCUCAUGUGGUUUUUCCCAAGCUAG